CUGUCAAAUCUGGCUCCACCCAUUUACAGCAUUUCUCUUGCUCGACUGUUAUUACUAGCUGCGUUGACCCGUAACACAGCCUUCAUCCCAACCCUUCAUUGACACCCAAGAGGCAUCAACUAGUCAACUUGCGCAUGUGUCUUUUUAAAAGGGAGCAAGAGAGGGCGGUGGGCGCACGCAUUGGACCUUGUUCCUAAUAGUUUGGCUUUAGUUAGGAACAAAGUAAAAAUCUAAGACAUUUUAAACCUUUCAAGUGAAGCAUAACAGUGACAUGAAGUGGGGUUGGCUGCUGUUGGGGGUUCUGCUAACUUUUGCGUAUCUGUGCUGGAGCGAGAAGGGCCUGGAGUUCCCCGAAUAUGAUGGCAAGGACCGCGUCCAUCAGCUGACCAUCAAGAACUACAAGUCUGUGAUGAAGAGAUAUGAUGUAAUGGUCAUCUACUACCACAAGGCUGUUGGCGAGGACCGCAUGUCCAGAAAGCAGUUUGAAGUGGAGGAACUUGCUUUGGAGUUGUUAACAAGCCCCGCCGCCCUGACGUACCAGCUUGCGGCCCAGGUGCUUGAUGAUUUUGAAGAUGAGGACAUUGGAUUCGGUCUGGUGGAUUCAAAGAAAGACCGAGCGGUUGCUAAGAAGCUGGGUCUGCUGGAGGUGGACAGCAUCUACAUCUUUGCUGAUGACGAGAUCAUCGAGUACGAUGGAGAGCUGGCAGCCGACACGCUGCUGGAGUUCCUCUAUGACGUGAUCGAGGAGCCUGUGGAGAUCAUCAGUAAUGACAGAGAGCUCAAAGGCUUCCAUCACAUCGAGGAGGACAUCAAACUGAUGGGCUACUUCAAGAGCGCCAAAUCUUCACACUUCAUUGAGUACGAUGACGCAGCUGAAGAAUUUCAUCCCUUCAUCAAGUUCUUUGCCACAUUUGAGCAAAAGAUCGCUAAGAAAUUAAACCUGAAGAUGAAUGAAGUGGAUUUCUACGAGCCCUUCAUGAACAAACCCGUCAGCAUCCCCGGCAAACCCUACAUGGAGGACGACAUCGUCAGCUUCAUCGAGGAGCACGACAGACCAACUCUAAGAAAGCUGGAGCCCCACAGCAUGUAUGAGAUCUGGGAAGAUGAUAUUAAUGGACAGCACAUUGUGGCCUUCGCCGAGGAGUCUGACCCUGACGGCUAUGAAUUCCUGGAGAUCCUGAAGGAAGUGGCUCAAGAAAACACAGAGAACCCAGACUUAAGCAUCAUCUGGAUCGAUCCUGACGACUUCCCCCUGAUGGUGCCGUACUGGGAGAAGACCUUCGGCAUCGACCUCUCAUCUCCUCAGAUCGGCGUGGUGGACGUAGAAGAUGCUGACAGUGUGUGGAUGGAGAUGGAUGAUGAAGAGAACAUGCCGACCGCUGACGAGCUCGACACCUGGAUCGAAGACGUGAUGUCUGGAAGAAUCAACCCUGGUGACGAAACUGACUACAACCAUGAUGAUGAUGAAGAUGAGGACGAUGAUGAUGACGAUGAUGAUGAUGAUGAUGACAACAAUGACGAAGAUGAUGAUGAUGAUGAUUAUGAUGAUGAUGACGACAAUGACGAUGAUGAUGAUGAAUAAAUGAUCUCAGACAUAACUCUUCAGUCUGUCUGUGUUCACAUCCUCACAAACUGAGCUGUCCUGUCAUUGCCGUCUGGAGGAGAAACAUUUUGUCUCGUCUCGUUGUUUAACUCCACCACAUCAGGAAAAUAAACAUCGUAUUUGCGGGUCGCUGCCAAUGAAACGCGUCUACUGAGAACAUGUGUGGUGUUUGUUAAACAAUAGCAAAGCCUAACAACUAUUUUGAUAUUUUUAUUGACUUUUAGAGCAGCAUAACUGAUGCUCACUGGAAGGUCUUAAAUAAAAGAUAUAAGUAAAAAUAAAUAAAUAAAUAAAUAAAUCCUUGUUUUUUGUCCCAACACAGAUGCAACAAGAAGUGAUGGGGGAAAAAAUGCCAUCUAUCAAGAAUCUUCAUCUCUGUGUAAUAUUUGCGUGUGUGUGUUUACUCAAGAUGUUU